AUUUCAUUUGGAGAUUUCUGAGUGCUGUUGCCUGCUCGCGGGUGUUUUUGUUUUUGUUUGUUGAAAUCCAGCUUGUGACCGACACUUUAUUUUAUUUACCGUCGAACAGGCCAGUUCACAGCUUCCUUGCUUUUUCUUUUUCUCCCUUGCCUUCUUUUUUAGUUUAUUUCGAUAUACUUGUUGUUUUAAUAUUAUUAUUACUUUAUCUGUGACUUUGCUAGCGGUGCUAAUCGAAUCGUAUCCACAACAAACUGCUUGUUUUAUUAGCUGGUGUAUUUUUUAAACCCAGAAAAGAAGACCAGCACCCUUAUCUUUCAUCUUUGCUCCCCCGCACAACACACACAUUGACACAAGACAAGACGCACGCCGACUAGCAGCAGAAGAAUACCCGGAAUGGCAGAGAUGACGACACCAGAGCGAAACAGCGGGGAAGAAGGGCUUAAUCUUCUUCAGCUGCAGCAAAAUAAGCAGCAAACGUUAACCAAAGAGAGCAGCGGAUAUUUUACCCCGCCAGCAACAGCAAUACCAGCAGCUUCGAUCACAGCGCACCUUGGAACACAUAGUGUUGCUUGUGCCCCGACUGCCGCCACCAAACAGAAAAAGGAGCAGCGCUCUUCUCUUUCACUGCCAAUUACCAAUUCGAAACCACCCGCUGCCAGCCGCCGAUACAGCGCCAACCCAAACGACCUGUCAACCUACACUUCUGUGACGCCGCUAUCUCCGGCUACCAGCCCUUCACGCAGGCGAAUUAGUCUUUCUACAGACAAGUUUCUUCCUCCGCUGCAAAUUCAUAAACGCCUGUCGACGCCGACCCAGACACCAAUUAUUAUUGGCGGGCCGCGCGCAGCGCCACUGCGGAUUGCAAGAAAGGACUCUAAGAUCGACAGCAGCAACGGCGUCGCCUUGAUGCUCGCGCGCGCUGAGGUGGCCAACGACCUUUUGUAUAAGGACCCCAAGCGAGUGGUCAUUGAGCACGGACACUUGCAUACCGACGAGGGCACCCUGCAGUCGCUCAUUGACGUCUCAACGCCCACUGCUGCCAAGCAGCUGCAGGCUCUGGUACCGCUGCAGACGCCGGCGCCACUGGUGGCCUCGGAGUUUGCAUCCGAACUGGCAGAGUACACGGCCAGCGCGCUGUCCUCCGUCUCAGCGGUGGACGUGGACGUGGACGAAGACGCAGACAGCGACUACUCUCCCAAGCGAAGCACAGACAGCGAGACAACGGCGACCAUGGCAGACAGCAGCAUGGGCAAGGCCGGUAGUCCAGAAAACAAAGGCGACAAGGAGGGGGGUCACGGGCUGAGCAAGGCCCCGCUGACCGUCAACACACAGCAGGCAGUCGAAAGCAAAAACAGCGGCAGCGGCAACAGCAGCUGCCGGCCUGACAGCUACAAGGUGUAUCCGGAGGGCGACGACCGCGCGCUGCCGGCGUUCAUCCUCAACAGCCAGACCAUCGAGGAGCUGGACGCAGUGACCGGCGCAUGGGAGGCGGCACUGGACACGCUGGGCGACGGCGACUUUUGGCGGUCGGUGGUCAACGACGUGGACGGGCUGCAAAAGCGCGCGCCGCUGCAUCUGUCGGCCAAGAUCCGCGCCGGCAUCCCGGCGGCGGUGCGCGGCGUCGUGUGGCAGACGCUGACGCAGGCGCGGUCGACGUACCUGCAGACAGUGUACACACAGCUGAUCCAGGAGUACUCGCCGCACGAACGCAUCAUCCGGCGCGACUUGACGCGCACGUUCCCGCGCAUCCCAGUAUUCAAGGGUGAGGGCGGCGAGGGCCAGCAGCGGCUGUUUCGCAUUCUCAAGGCGUACUCGCUGUAUGACGCCGAGGUCGGCUACUGCCAGGGCCUGGGCUUCAUCAUUGGCCCGCUGAUCAUGAGCAUGGGCGAGUGCGAGGCCUUCUGCGUGCUGGUGCGCCUGAUGGAGACGUAUGACCUGCGCGGCAUGUUCACCGAGGAUAUGGCCGGCCUGCAUCUGCGGCUGUUCCAGUUCCAGCUCCUGGCCGCUGAGAUUGUGCCCGACGUCAUGGCGCACCUGGAGCGGUACGGCGUCGUGGCCGCCAUGUACGUGCCGUCGUGGUUCUUGUCGCUGUUUGCGUACACGAUGCCGCUGGGCUUUGUGCUGCGUGCCAUGGACGUUAUCAUGGCUGAGGGCGCGCCCGAGUCGAUCAUGCGCAUUGGCAUUGCGUUGCUGCAGCGCAACGCCAACAAGAUCCUGCGCCAGGACGACUUUGAGUCAGCCAUGGGUGUGCUUAACGGUGGGCUGUACGACGACGAGAACAACUCAAGAGACCGCCCUGGCUUUGUGCUGCAGGAGGCUGCCAAGCUCAGCGCUGUCGUCACGCAGCAGCGGCUCGAGGAGCUGGAGGCCCGCUACUGCAGCGAGCAGGGCAUUGUGCCGCGCACUGGCCGCCCCAGCAUGUCGUCGCCGACCGUUGCGGCCGGCGCCGACGCAGCUGAGGCCACGACGAACCACGCGAUCAUGAAGUUCCUUGGCUGGCCUUGGACCAAGGACUCAGCCGGCAGCGGGGCGUCGUCGGCGCCGACGACGCCGCAGGUGACCAGCGCGCAGCCAAAGUGGCGGGUCAGCAGCCUGGGCAGGGGCCUGGGCGCAGGCAGCGACUCGGACGACGACGCCGCCAAUGCCGACGAGCUGAUUGCCCACCUAUACCACCAGCAGCAGCAGCGUACGGGGCGCAUUAGCCCACGUAUUCUCGAGCUGACCGAGUCGCAGCGGGCGCACUCGCACCAGCUGCGCGAGCAGAUGCUCAAGUCGCUGCAGGCACAGGACAACGCGCCGGCGACGAUGCUAGGCAUGGUUAGCUCGCUGGCCGCGCAGUCGCAGAACCAGCAGAACCAAUAUGGCGAAGUCAAGUCGCGGAUCUCAGUUGCUGACUCCCUUGCCUCGGACAACAGCAGCGGCGGCGACUCAGGCUUGCAUAAUUGCAGGUCGCCAAGCUCAGCUGUGCCGCGGGGAGGGCUCGGCGGCGAGCCCAGCGACAGCGCCUGGCGUGACGAGGUACUCGAGCCGCUGCAGCGCCAGCUGCACGACGCGCGAGUAACAUGCGACACACACCGCGACGCGCUGGUGGCGCUGCAGGUCGACCACGAGGCGCUGCGGGCCGAGCUGGCAAUGGCUAAGACUCAGCGCGCGGGCCUGGCGGAGGACAACGAGCAGCUGCGUAUGGCGCUGCGUCGUGCUGAGGCCGGCCGUACAAAGUCGCAGCAGGAGUCUGAGCACAACUUGGAGCGCGCACAGAGCUCCGAGGGGGCGCUCAUCCAGGCGCGCAUGGAUCUCGCGGAGGCCGACGAGGAGAAGCAUCUGCUGGUCAGGCAGCUCAACAACCUACGCAAGUUCAUUGCUGCCGAGUCGGCAGGCAGCACCUCAGAGGGCGUGCAGCUGUCGCCGAUCCAGGAGGACGGCGUGCUGUCACGCACCCGCAUGGUAUCGAUGGACGGGUAUCCGCAGGCAACCACUAUCAGCAGCCCGCCGCUGGGUGCCAAGCCGAGCCGCUUCAGCAUCUCGAGCAUUGCAUCGAACUGGUCGGCCAUCCGCGGCGCUAUUGCCAGCCCGCGGCCGUCGAUGCAGCAGGACGCCCCCGGGAAUGAUUCAAGUGCUGACAGCGCUGCCCCUUCACCGGCGCCGCUGACAGUGUCGACGCAGCAGGGCAGUGUGAUCCGCACGCACUCGGCCUUGUCGCCGCCAGUGCUCUCGCCUGCGCUCAGCACUGGAAGCCUGAACGGCAGCAGCAAGCCGUCAGCCAUCCCGCUGGCCAUGCUGCACCGCAGCAAGACGUCGCCGCCAAUGACCAUGAUGACGUCGCCCACAGGAGAGGACGAUAACAACAACAGCAGCAGCAGCAAGUGAUUGCCAUACUUGAGACAGCCAGCCAGCAAGCAAUCAAACAACGCACACACAUUUUUUA